AUGAUCUUUAGGUGGCUUCCGCUCGUGAGUUGCCUGCUGUUGGCACUUCUAUCGCAGCCUGGAGCUGCUAAGAAGUCGGAUGGGCCCAAAAUUACCACAACCAAGCUUGAUCAUGCACCUUCCGGACUGUUCUAUUUCGAAGGUACGGACACGAUCAUAUUCAAUAGCCAAGGUGACCUUCACCGGUCAUUUGAUGGCGGUGAAACAUGGGAGGUUGUUCAGGGUACCAAUGGCAACAUGAAGGGUCAGGUUUUCUCCAUCUGGCCGCACACGUUCGACAAUAACAAGGCCUACGCCCUGGGAUUCGGACGACAUUGGAUUACUAAGGAUAAGGCAAAGACAUGGGAGUCGUUUGAGAUUGAUGAUGAUCUCAUAGGCUUCGAUAGCCCCUCUCUUUCCUUCCAUGGCUGGGAUUCAAACAAGGUCAUUUUUCAAAGCGAGAUAUGUGUGGCGAGCUCUUGCAUCGCGAGCUCAUACUACACAACAGACGAUUUCUCGACCGUCAAGCUACUGCGGAGAAGUAUUUACGGAUGCUCCUGGGCGGUGGGUCAUCCCCAGUUUGCCGAAGAUCUAGAUGUGUCAAGUGAGAUCGAAAACCGCAUUUAUUGCAUAGUUCCGGGUUUGAAAUCAAAAGCCAGACAUGCCAAUCGCCUGGUGUACUCGGAUGACUUCUUCAGUAGCAACCCCGAAGGUACAGAAGUGAACCUGCAACAGGGAAGACCAGCUUCGGGUGUGCUUAGCACUGCGGCAGUUAAGAAAUACCUAGUCGCUGCUGCUCAAUCUCAGGGAACCGACGAGCAUGCACUUUACGUGACCGAUGAUGCCAAGACCUGGCAUCGAGCUGAGUUUGGAAGUCAUCGAUUGGAGGAAAAUGCUUAUACCGUGUUGGAAAGUACCAACUACAGCAUUCAAGUCGAUGUCCUGACCUCCAAGAGUCUCAAUAACCACAUGGGCGCACUCUUCACUUCAAAUUCAAAUGGUACGUAUUUCACGUCGAACAUCAAGCACACCAAUCGCAACAGGCUUGGUUACGUUGAUUUCGAGAAAGUCGCCGACAUUCAAGGUAUCGUGUUGGUCAAUACCGUGAAAAAUUGGGAGGAGGUGAUCAAAUCAGACAGUCCCGACAGGAAGAAACAGGUCAUCAGCGAAAUCAGCUUCGAUGAUGGCAGGACUUUCCAGCCAAUCAAAGUAGGGGACAAAAAAUUACAUCUACAUUCAGUGACGACUUUCAACGGGGCCACUGGACGUGUGUUUUCGACACCAGCGCCAGGAAUUGUGAUGGGAAUUGGCAACACUGGCGACCACCUUAAAUCUCUUUCUGAUGGUAGCUUGUAUGUCUCAGAUGAUGCGGGCUUGACAUGGAAGCAUGCCCAAGACGGUCCUCACAAGUAUGAGUUUGGUGACCAAGGUGCUGUUGUCAUGGCGGUCGCUUAUAGUGAGAAGACCGACAAGAUCAAGUUCUCCGUUGACCAUGGCAAGGACUGGGAGUCUGUGGAUCUCGAGCACGAGAUCUAUCCUGCUGUACUCACAACGACUCCGGACUCAACAAGUUUGAGAUUUUUGCUUAUUGGGUACUUCAACAAGAAUGGUGAAGGUGAACACGUCAUCUAUUCAAUCGAUUUCGGUGGUCUGCAUGAACGAAAAUGCGAGGAAUCUGAUUUUGAGAAAUGGCCAGCUCGCUUGGAUGAAAACCGUGAACCCGACUGUUUGAUGGGCCACAAACAAUUUUUCCAUCGCAGGAAGGCCGAUGCAGAUUGCUUUGUAGAAGAGGAAUUCAAGAUUCCCCAACCGAUCUUUGAACCAUGCAAGUGCACCGAGGAAGAUUUUGAAUGUGAUUACAAUUUCAAACGCAGCGAGGACAGGAAAAGCUGUGAGCCUGCUGCUCCAUUAACGCCCAAAGCAGGACAGUGCAAGGACCCAAAUGACAAAUACAUGGGACCAUCAGGCUGGAGACUUAUUCCUGGAAAUAAUUGCAUUCGAGACGGUGGCAAGGAUCUUGAUAAGGAGAUUGAGCGCUCCUGUGGUGAUGUGGGCAGUACACCUCAUACCCCCACGGAUGGCAAAAUCAUCGUUAAAAAGCACUUUUUUGACGAGAAAGGGUUCAGUGAAUACUUUUAUUUGGAGCGUCAGUCGAGCAGCUCUGGGACUGAUGAAACCAUCGUCAUGCGUACUCGAGAGGGUUUUCUCUACAUAUCACAUGACCACGGCAAAAGCUGGGAAAAGCUUCUCAAAGGGAAGAAAGUUUCAGAGCUUAUUCCUCAUCCUUAUUAUAGCGAUGGUGCCUUUUUCCUUACCGAUGGUAAGGAGGGAUUCUGCACUGCGAAUCGUGGUUAUACCGUCGAUAGCUUUAAAGCACCUAACAUCCCACGACCAAAACAACUCUCACCUCUUUCUUUUCACCAGCAAUAUAAGGACACAUUGAUAUGGACUGGUGCUACUGAGUGUAAUUCUGAAGACUGUCACUUCGAGGCACACUAUAGCACGAAUCGAGGUGCGAACUGGGAGCUCCUCCUUCGCGAAGUUCGGAAGUGCAAUUUCAUGGGCAGAGAUGACCGGAAUGAUAGCGAAAAUUUGGUAUUCUGUGAGCAAUUUGAGAACGAAAACAAAAACAACCCUUUGCAGCUCCUGUCUAGCAAAGAUUGGUUCUCCGGAAGUUCAUUCAAUUUCAAUUUCACGGGCGUCGAGGAUUUUGCUACCAUGGCUGAAUAUAUCGUUGUGGCUUCACAUGACGAGAAUAAUCCCAAGUCACUGAAGGCCAGUACUAGCGUGGAUGGCAAAACGUUUGCAGAUGCAAAGUUCCCUGUAAACCUCGAUGUGCCUGUUCAGAAUGCUUAUACCGUACUUGAGAGCUCUAGCCAUGCUAUCUUCCUGCAUGUGACGGUGAACAAGAUGGUAGGAGCUCUUUAUGGUUCACUUAUCAAAAGUAAUAGCAACGGCACGUCAUAUGUUCUCAGUAUAAAUGCCGUCAACCGGAAUGAUUUGGGGUAUGCCGAUUUCGAGAAAAUGCAAGGCCUGGAAGGUGUGAUGGUAGUUAACGUCGUUGGCAAUUUGGACGCCGUGAAUAAUAAAGGAGCUAGCAAAAAGCUCAAAACAAUGAUUACUCACAAUGAUGGAGCACAGUGGGCCCUGCUUCCUCCUCCAACCGAGGGUCAUAACUUUGGCUGCUCAGUGACAACAGGAAGGGGCACUGAUCAAUGCUCGCUGCAUCUUCAUGGCUAUACAGAACGCAGAGAUCCUCGGGAUACCUUCUCAUCCGCCUCGGCUAUCGGUCUUAUGAUGGGCACAGGGAACGUUGGCGAGUAUCUGGCAAGCAAAGAGGAAGCUGACACGUUUAUUACUCGUGAUGGUGGAAUAACCUGGAAGUCUGUCAAGAAGGGAAAAUACAUCUGGGAAUAUGGUGAUGCGGGCUCGAUUAUCGUAAUCGUGCUCGAAUCGAAACCAACCAAGGUUCUUCAUUAUAGCAUAAACGAGGGUGACACUUGGGAAGAUUUCCAAUUUUCGGAUGUGGAAAUGCAGAUUGAUGACAUCUCAACACUCCCGUCGGAUACUUCAAAGAACUUCCUUCUCUGGGGUAAAGAUCUGGAGCAAGGCAAGUUUACUACAGUCAAUGUUGACUUCAGUGGAACACGUACGAGGUCUUGUACGGUCAAAGAUGGGGACUUCUACCUAUGGGAACCCAAGCAUCCACUGCAGGAAAAUAAUUGUCUGUUCGGUCACAUUGAGCAGUACCACCGUAAGAAGCCGGAGGCAGAGUGCUGGACUGAUUGGCGUGAGCCCCGUGUCCACAGCAUUGGAGAGAACUGCACUUGUACUAGGAACGAUUACGAAUGUGAUUACAACUACGAGCCACAAAGCGAUGGAAGUUGUGCCCUUGUUCCUGGUCUUCCAAAGCCGGAUGCGAUGGCUACUUGCAAAGCGAAUCCAGAUGAAAUUGAAUACUGGGAACCAACAGGCUACCGACGUAUUCCUCUAACGACAUGUCAGGGUGGACUGAAUCUGGAUCAUGUUGUUUCGAAAGCGUGUCCCAGCAAAGAGAAGGAGUACCAAGAAAAGCACGGUAUCAGCGGGGUUGGUCUUUUCUUUGCAAUUGUGAUUCCCAUUGCAUUGGCUGGUGCUGCUGGGUAUUACGCCUACACCAGGUGGGAUGGCAAGUUUGGUCAGAUUCGCCUUGGGGAAGGUGGCAACGCCACCUCCGAGAGGAUGCUUUCACGAGACUCUCCUUUGAUCAUAGUGCCAGUUGCGGUCAUUGCAGGUGUUGUAGCAGUCGCAAAGGCACUUCCACUCCUGGCCACGAGUUUGUGGCGCAGCGCCAGCGGAUACAUGCGUGUUGGGCGUAAUAGGGACUAUCAAGGACCGUACGCCUCUCGGGGCUCAUUUGCAGCCCGUCGAGGCGACUAUACUAGCGUUGUCGAUGAUGAAGAUGAACUUCUCGGCGUGAUAGAUGCCGAAGGAGAUGAUGAUGAGAUGUAG